AUGUCAUGCAUUAAACCACUUGAGCGCGGCUCAUAUGGGAUAUUUUCAAAUCUUGUGUUGGACAUUUCAGUUGCUCAAAAGGAGGAGAAAGCUUUCCAGGAACACAGACACAGGAACACCCAGACUUCAUUUAACUAUGUGGGAACUGUUGGUGGAGGCCAAGUGAGUCAGCUAGAGUCUCGCAGUCAUCUCGUGCAGGGCUCGCCAAAUAAAGUACAGCGCCAGCUACAACAUCAACAACGGAAAUCCAUUGUAAAGAAAAAAGAGGAAGAAGACAUUGAGAAACAUAAAGCCAAACAAAGAGCAGUGGCUGAGACAAAUGAGAGGCGUAAACAAGAGGAAGCAGCAUCUCAACAACAACGAUGGGAUGAACAGAAAAGAAGGACUAAUGAUGCAUUCUUGCGUCGCUGGAAAAUAAAGGAAACACGCCAGGUGCAGUGAACAGUCAAAGGCUGCAACAAACCGUUCAGACAUGGGAGAAACAGGAGACUGAGGAAAGGGAGGAGAAUGAUGAUGAAUUUGUUCAAAGAAUGGGGGCAGCGAGUAUGGCCGAUGCUGAGGAAAACAGUGCGGAUUACGCCGGGCUGUCAGUGGAGCAGAGGAAAAGACUAACCACCCUUCAUGUCAUGUUUCCCCAGUAUCCUGUGGAUUUCAUUCGUGGUAUUUUAGAGCAGACGAACUUUUCACUUGAUGCAGCUGCGACAGUGCUAGGUGAAUGACUGUGAAUGACUGUGAUUAACUGUGAUUAACUGUGAUCUGAAACAAAAGGAUGCUGACUACUCUUUAUGUUUAUGAAUGUGUUCAUCAGAGGGCCUUGAAUGAAAACAUGUUUUGAUAGGUAAAAUCUCAAACAAAGGUGUCAGUAAAUUCUGUAGAAAACGUGUGUCAUCUGCAUAAAAAUCAAAGCAUUUGCUUCUUCUGUAACUUGUAUUUAUGUUUAUAUGUAUUGUAUUGUUGUAUUGUGUUAUGUUUGUUAUGCGCCUAUAUUAAAAACCAUGUGUAUUUUGGGAAAACCUGCGGCGGGCUGCUUACUGUCAGACUGGCUGUGUCUGGUAACUUAAACAUAGAACUAGCUUGGUAUUGCACUUUGGGUCCGGUCUUGCCAAGGUCAAUAUCACUGGAUCUCAAAAUAGAAAAACAGUUCCAAUAAGUAAUCUUAGUUCGGAACAAGGUAUGAAAAUUGUAAUUUUAAGUAUCUAAUUUUAGUCCACACAUGAAAUUGUAUUUUUGGGCAAGUCGAGGUAAGGCAAAAUUCCCUUUUACUAAAAACGAACAAAUUGUUUCCGCUUGAUGACUUAAGUUUGGAUGGAGGUGUUGCACGGAAUUUGUUUGAGCAUAAUGCUUACAUAAAUAACUAGCUUGAGAUGUCGUAUGUGUAUGCUUGGUAUUCCAUAUGGGUCAGCCAAAUAAAAAUUAAGGUCACUUUUGAUAAAAAUAAAGCAAUCAGUUUCUGCCAAAUAACUUGUGUUUGAUGGUACAUGUAUACAUAUAUACAUAGCAUUGGGAUUCUUUUGGAGAAGAACCAGACAAUGUCACUGUUGCUAUAAAGAGAACAACGAUUUUCACUUAAUAAUUUUAUAAUUUUAGUUUAAAUGCAGAAUUGUCUUGAAAGUAUGUAACUUGGUUGCUUACAACAGGCAGACCUAGCUUGGAAAUGCUUUUUUUGUUGGGGGGGGGGGGCAUUCGGAUCAAGGUCAUGGUCACUUUGAUUUUUUUCUUAAAACGCAAAAAAAAAUUCUGCUCAAAAGCUUAAAGUUGGAUGGAGGAACUGCGGACAUUGUGUAUGUAGGUAGCUCGAGUGCCUGCAGAGCUUAUUUAAGAUUUGCACAAGUACUUGAAUUAAAUGAGAUAAGAACGAUAAAAAGUUGAAGACCUGGUUCAACAACAAAGUUAUACAUCCUUCACAGAUAAAUGUUUCACAGAUCAACAAAGACGCAUAUGUUUUGUUACAAGUUUACAAUCUUGACGAUUGAAUAUAUUUUACGGUGUGUCGAAUUUCAUUACUAAAUAAAUAAUUAUACUUAACGCUUUUACAUGUAUUUGAAUCAAACUAAUUGUUCGAGUUCAUUGUGCUAACUUUUGUUUGCAAAUAAACAUACAUGUUAGAGACUGCUGGAUGUUUGCUCUUAAACAGGCGAUUGAUUUUGUUAUAUAUACUUAACGCUGUUCGAUUAGAAGUCCAUGACUUGUGUAGCUCAUUCUCAGAAUUAUAUUACCACAAUAAAAAAUUAUCGUGUCUUUACAUUCUAUUAUCGUUGUAGUUGUUUAAUGUUAAUACAUAUAACCAUUAAUGAGUUUUAUGGGCGUAAGUGACUCAAAUUAACCGAAUUCGGACAAUAAACGUUUUAAGUUUAUUAUCAAAAUGUCCAUUUGUUAAGUAACCAUGCAAACAUAUUUUUUGGUACAUUUAUUAAGAGUGUUGCUCCAAAUAUUACGUAUCAGCGCUCUGUUUGAUAUUGUUGUUAUUUAUGAUGUUUAGAGAAGUAAUAUUUACACAAGUUAAUAAAAUAGAUAAUCUAUCAAAA